CAGUGUUCCUUCCUGGUGCUCUAACAAUAUAUAGGAUGGCUUUCAAAUGUUUAUGGAUAUAUAUGUUCUUACUUCUAGACAUACUUCAAAACUCUUACGGCCAAAAAACAGGCUGUGCUGGUCCACCAGUCAUGUGCUGUAAAGGAACUAAUAGUAAAUGCAAACCAGCACAUGUCAACUGCUUUUGUGAUGAAACCUGUGAGAAAUUUAAUCAGUGCUGCUCAGAUUAUGCAUCAACCUGUAAAAAAGACCCCAUUAAUGGGUGUUUGUCUUCACCUUGUUCUCCAUAUGCAACCUGUACCUCAACCAGCACAGCAGGAGACUACAAAUGCACAUGCAAAUCGGGCUUUACAGGAAUUGGAACAAUAUGUGAAGAUAUCAAUGAAUGUGAUUUAAAGAUCUGCUCUUCAAAUGCCACAUGUGAAAAUACAAUAGGAGGUUACAAGUGUUCUUGUAAUCCUGGAUUCUCAGGAAAUGGAGCAACCUGCAGUGAUAUUAAUGAAUGUGAGAACCACAUUUGCUCUCCAGACGCUAACUGCACAAAUACAGUGGGAGGUUACAACUGUUCCUGCAAGCCUGGUUUCUCAGGAAAUGGGACAUCAUGUCGUGAUAUUAAUGAAUGUUUGCAAGAAAAAAAUCCCUGUGGAUCAGAUUACCUUUGCAUAAAUACAUUUGGAAAUUAUACCUGUACUCGAUUACCUGCCACAACACCAACUCCAAUUGGUUGUUUAUCUGAUAAAGGGCUCCUUUGCUGUGAAGGACUCAACGAUAGUUGCAGGCCUGCUAACGCUGCAUGCUACUGUGAUUCAGCCUGCUCCAGUUCAACCCAUGAUUGCUGCUUUGAUUAUAAUGCCACGUGUAUGAAUGCUUCCUAUAAUGCCUGUUUAAAGUCGCCAUGCUCUCCAAAUGCCACCUGCACCAGACUGUAUUACCCUAUUGGAGGCUACAACUGUACAUGCAAAGCAGGCUUUACAGGGAAUGGAACUGUCUGUACUGACAUUGAUGAAUGUGCAAAGAUCAUAUGUCCUGGAAAUUUAACAUGCGUAAAUACACCAGGGAGCUACAGCUGUUCUUGCAAAAAGGGAUUUUCAGCAAAUGGAAACAGCUGUAUUGACAUUAAUGAAUGCACAAGCACAUCCGUGUGUCCCGUGAAUUCUGUAUGCAUGAAUACACCGGGGAGCUACAGCUGUCUCUGCAGUUCUGGAUACACAGGGAAUGGGGCCACCUGUACUGAUAUCAAUGAAUGUGCAAACUCUAAGUGUUCUCCAAAUGCCAUAUGCACGAAUACACCAGGGAACUACUCUUGCCAAUGCAAAUAUGGAUACACAGGAAGUGGUACAUCAUGUCAGUCACUACGAGAUUCUGCUGUUUCACUCUGUGAUUCAGGAAGUAGUUGUACAAAUGCUUUAGGAUGCUUCAUGUGCAGUAAUACAGUUGGAAGUACUACAAGUCAGGUUUGUUGUAAACAACUUUCAUGUCCAUCUGACUUGUGCCUUGGAAUUGCAUCAUGUACAAUACAGAGACCAGAUCAAAGCAGACAGUGUGUACCUUCAUGCAGUUCUCCAUACAAUAUCGGGACAUCUGCUAAUGAUGGAUAUAACUUUAAUCCAAAUCCAUUACCAGAUGUACCAAUGAGAUCUAUCAGGCUGAAGGUUUCAAUCACAUCAUCAGACCCUUCCUUUUAUAAGAUAGCAAACAUUAAUGACUACAAUAAUUUUACUGAAGCCGCAAAUCUAAAGUUAAGUUCAAUACUGAGUAAAGUAAACCCAGCAGUCUUUGUCUGCAACCAGAAUGUCCAGCUUAAUGUCAGCUGAUCAACUAAAACCUUUCUACAACUGCUCUUCAUCUGGAUAUAAUGGAUAUGUUCUUAACUUUGACGGCGAUGUAUUCCAGUGUAUAAGUCCUUGCAGUGCAGGAAAUUACUGCUCAAAUCAAGCAAUCUGUGAACAUAUCACAUCUGGGCCAGUAUGUAGGUGCAAACCAGUAUCCAUUUAUUCGCCAUUUGGGGAACGCUGUGAAAAUCUUGCGUUAAACCUUAAUGCCUUUUUUGGAAUUCUCUUUGGAGCCCUGGCAUUCCUGUUUUUGUUGCUGCUCAUCAUUUUCAUUAUCAUAUGCUGUGUGUGCAAGAAGAGAAAAUCAGAAACACUGCCAGUUGAGACACCCUCAAAUCAUACUCUGCAGUCAGAGAAAAGAAACUCUAUUUAUGAUUCAAAAGAAUACACUGUAUCAAACAAUUGGAAGAGUCCUUGGAUUAAAGAGAAUAAUAAUAGUUCCUGGAAACAAUAAACUAAUCUGGAAAAAAUGCACGGCUUAACUGCCUCUGAACCAUGACACUAAUCAAAACAAGAUUCAAGAAAUUAAUGGAGUGAAAUACCUGCUUCAGUUUGUUCAGCUCUACAAACCUGUCAGAGGAAGAUUGUGCAAUACACUGAAAUCAAAGGCUAUGUAAUGUGCAAUACACUGAAAAUAAAGGCUACGUAAUGUGCAAUACACUGAAAUCAAAGGCUAUGUAAUGUGUAGCACAUGUAAAGUUGUGAUGUUUGAUCCUGUAGAUGACUACGAUUCGUUUUAUGACUAUGAUGUUAUGAAUAAUUUUCAACAUUUAUCAAUUCAUUAUGUAAGUUUUAAGGGAUUCUUCUGCAUGACAAAGAAUGAAAAGUGUAACCUGUAAAAUACCUUGUUAAAAGGAAACUCAUUUGAAUUAAUCAGUUAGUACAGUUUGGGCAUCACUUCUCUUACAGGACAGCACUGAUGCAAUAUGCUUUAAAAUUAUGAUUAUGACUUUCUCAAACAUUUAAGGAAGAUAUGCCUAUCAACAUUUUCAAAUUACUUAGAUACAUAAUGUAUAUUUUAAAUCGCACUAGAAAAAGUCAAUAGAGAAAGCAUGUUUAUUUAAAAGAAUAUGUAAAAUAAUAGGCAGACCUUUUUUUCAUUAAUUUUUCUUUAAAAAAUCUCAUAAAACCCCAGAAUGUGGACCACUACAAGACUAUAAAAACACCCAACUUAGAUAAUACACAAUUGAUUCAAUUUAUGAAAAAUACUGAAUAAUACUAUAGCAGCUUAUGCUGUCUAGCACAAAUCAAUCAAAAUCUGUUUUGUAUUUUACAAAACAAGCAAGAUAUAAUAUUGUCCUGGAGGAAGAGAAAGUAAUUGUUGGUGUAACAUCUGCAUAAGGAUCUGUAUGAAACACUUAUAUCAUCGUUUCAACUUUACUCACGUCUUUAUACUAUUUUCAGAAACAAAUUAUCAUAUUCUUGAACACAUUCCAGAAGCAUUGCUGCUAACUAAAGACAAGUUCUUCCCCUCAAUGCAGCACACAUGAUGCCUGUUUUAUCCAAAUGUUUUGAAUACAUUCUACACACUGUUCUUACAAAUAAAUUGUUUAUAUGUGUCUUCUUUUACCCCAUCUGUAGUCUACAGAUUCCACAGCAUAGAUCAAUACAACGUAAAUAACCAACAUUUAUUUAACCCUAUGCCUUCCAUCCCAUGUCUCACUACAGCUUACAAGUUAUACCACUCUCCCUUCAUAACCAGCUUCCACAUCAGUUCAGAGUUAAAGUGUAAUAUCAGACACUCCAAUAAUCCAAAAAGCAGGCAUUAAUGCUGAUAUAAAGCUAACUAUAGUAUUACCCCCAACACAAAUCCAGUCCAGUCCUCAUCAUUGAUAAUGUCAGAUAUAUGCAUAUAUCCCUUUCCUUCAGAACUUUGGUAUAUAU